AUGCGCGACGACGCGUACGACGACGACGAGGGCGACUACGAGGACGAUGGCCAGGCCGAGCCGUCGCUGCGUGCGCCGGCCGUGUUCGGCAAGGCUCGCAAGAAGGCGCCCGGGUCCGGCGGCGGCGGCAAGAAGGGCGCCAAGCUCGGCGCGCGCACGGCGGGCAACUUUGCCGAGGACGACGAGGACGAGUUCACCAAGGAGAGCAAGACGACCCAGGCGACGAUCGACGCCGCCAAGCGCCGCAGGAAUGCGGGCGCCGUCGCCAAGUUCGUGUGCGAGCUGUGCGGCGAGACGUUCACGCGCCGGUACAACCUCCGAGGUCAUCAACGUGCGCACAAGGGCGAGAAGCCGUACAGGUGCUCUCAGGAGGACUGCGACAAGUCGUUCGCCCGCGCCCACGACUGCAAGCGCCACGAGCUCCUGCACCUCGGCGUGCGCAAGUACAACUGCGCGCCGUGCAAGCGCGACUUUGUCCGCCUCGACGCUCUGCACCGCCACCGUGCGUCCCCUCUCUCUCUUUCCUCUCGCGCCAUCUUAAGGGCGGCAGCUGACCCACCUCGCACCCGAUAA